GUCCACGUCGUCAUCUGUUACCUGUGGCAGAACUCGGUAAUUGCUUGAUGCCCGAGGGUUUAGCGAGUCCCUUGCUCGCAGGCUUGUGGAUGUAGGACGGUGCACGAGAGCAGAUGACGAGGGCACGCUUUGGUCUUUUGUGAGGUCGAAGGGUUUUGCGAUUCGGAGAAAGAUUUGGUGACGGAAGAUUGAAAUGUGCAGAGCUUUGGGUGGGGCGAUGCUUCGGGUGGACAGAGCAUCAGGAUGAGAAAUGACAUAUCAACAAACUAUUCGUCUGUGCAAAAGUGUGGGGUCGGCACUCUCAGCAUCGUCGACGUCUUCAGCCACUAGAAUCAUGGCUCUAGCUGCAGCGCCCAGGGUUCUGGGUUUUGGAGCUUUGAGCCAGAGUUUUACUCUUCCUUCCUGGCGCUCGUACAGGAAAUUACACUUGUCCUCGCUGAGGAGGCAGCCAUUGUUGUAUAGAGAUCGCUGUAAAUUGGCAGAGCUUAGAAACUCCUUUCCUCAUGUCAGGUGCUUCGCGGCCUUGCGAAAGAAUGGUGGGGACAAUUAUUCAGAUGCCAGUGCCGGCAAGAAUGGUCGUGGGCCGCCGAAAGGACAGGCAGCAGUUAGUGAACUCGCAGAAGAUGGAGCUUUGGAUGAGGAACAAGAUACAGGAGAAGGACGUCCUCAAGAUGCCCGCAUUGUGCAAUGGGAAUUGCACCGAGAGGCUUCAGAGUCAUAUUUGGCGUACGCCAUGGCUGUGAUUGUUGGACGUGCAUUACCGGAUGUUCGAGACGGGCUGAAACCUGUUCAUCGUCGCAUCUUGUUUGCUAUGCAUGAAUUGGGUUUGAGCUCUAAGAAGCCUUUUAAGAAAUGUGCUCGAGUUGUAGGAGAGGUUCUUGGUAAAUUCCAUCCUCAUGGAGAUUCAGCAGUUUAUGAUGCCCUCGUCCGGAUGGCACAGAGUUUCUCUUUACGAUCACCCCUUGUAAAUGGCCACGGAAACUUUGGAUCCAUGGAUGCCGACCCUCCUGCAGCUAUGCGUUAUACGGAAUGUCGCCUACAGGCUUUGUCAGAGUCGAUGCUUCUUGCAGACCUCGAGGCAGACACCGUCAAUUACAUACCAAACUUUGACUCCUCACAAGAGGAGCCUGUGGUUUUGCCUGCAAGGCUGCCAAACGUACUUCUCAAUGGAGCAUCAGGAAUCGCCGUUGGAAUGGCAACAAAUAUCCCGCCUCACAAUCUUGGAGAGGUCGUGGAUGCACUUAUAUCUCUCAUUCAGAAUCCGAACGCCACGGUAGAAGAACUCAUGGAACACAUGCCAGGACCUGAUUUCCCCACCGGAGGCCAGAUUCUAGGAACGUCCGGAUUACUGGAGGUUUACAGAACUGGCAGAGGAGGAUUGACUGUUAGAGGAAAGGCUGAAGUUGAAGAACUAGAUAAACGGGGAAGCCGAUCAGCUAUUAUCAUUAGUGAGAUUCCUUAUAAGACCAACAAAGCUGCGCUUGUCGAAAAAAUCGCAGACCUCGUGAAUACCAAGACACUAGAGGGUGUUAGUGACAUCAGGGAUGAGAGUGAUCGUGAUGGAAUGCGAAUCGUGAUAGAGCUGAAGAGAGGAGCAACACCCGCUGUUGUUUUGAAUAAUAUUUAUAAAUAUACUACUCUUCAGUCAAGGUUCAGCUGCAAUAUGGUGGGGAUCGUCAAUGGGGAGCCUAUGACUUUGGGUCUGAAAGAAUUGCUGCAGCAUUUUUUGGAAUUUAGAAUUGAGGUAAUCGAAAGGCGGGCGAAGUACCAUCUUCACCGUGCCCAAGACAGGGAACAUAUAGUAAAGGGAAUUCUUAUAGGGUUAGAUAAUCUUGACAGAGUUGUGACCAUCAUUCGGGGUGCAAAAGAUACCCAUGCUGCAUCGGAGGGGCUGAAGCAGGAGUUCGGAGUUUCACAUUUGCAGGCUGAUGCACUUCUAGGCAUGCCCUUACGAAGACUCACUAGUCUUGAACGGAACAAGCUUGUGGACGAACAAAAAGAGUUAUCCGGUGAAAUUGCUGACUUAGAACAGCUUCUACAAAGUAAACUGCGCGUCUUGCAGGUCAUAGAGAAAGAAGCAUUAGCGUUGAAAAAGGAGUAUGGAACACCUCGUCUGACUUCUAUUGAGCAAGGUGGGGAUGGAGAAAUCAACGAUGUCGAUGUUAUUGCGAACGUAGAAACCUUAGUGACUUUAAGUGAAAAGGGGUACAUCAAGCGAAUGGCCCCCGAUACUUUUACAGCGCAGAAUCGUGGAACCGCCGGCAAAUCUGGAGGAAGGCUGAGGAAUGAUGAUGCAUUAUCAAGAUUCUUUGCGUGUCGAACUCAUGAUUAUGUCCUAUUCUUUAGUGAGCGUGGAGUCGUUUAUUCGAUCCGGGCUUAUCAAAUACCAGAAUGCUCCAGGACUGCUGCUGGAAAUCCUUUGGUUCAGAUACUUCCACUUCCUCCUGGAGAGAGAAUAACUUCAGUCAUGUCUGUUGAUGAGUUCGCUGAGGACCAGUAUCUUGUGAUGCUGACCUCGGCAGGAUACAUCAAACGGACUGCUUUGUCAUUUUUCUCAGCUAUUCGUCCAACUGGAAUUGUGGCAAUUCAACUGGUUCCCGGUGAUGAGCUGCGGUGGGUGCGGAGAGCAGUUGAAGAAGAUGAAGUGGCAAUCAGCUCCGAAGGUGGCAUGCUUGUUAGAGUCUCGUGUGACAAUGACAAGUUACGAGCACGUGGAAGGGCCACGAGAGGGGUUCGAGCAAUGAAGCUCAAGGCCGGUGACAAACUAGCCGCCAUGGACAUCGUGCCUGCUUCUCUCUUGAAGGAAGCCAAAGAAGCCAAAAAGCAAAAAGCGGACGAACCUUGUCUCCUUUUUGUUUCAAAAAAUGGAUAUGGUAAAAGAGUGCCAAUAACUGCUUUUGCCCCAGGUACCUUGGGGCGCAUGGGUGUCAUCGGUUGCAAGUUGAAGAAGGGUGAUUCAGUAGCAUCCUUGUAUGUUUCUGCAGGUUUAUGUGCGGAUGGGCAAGCUGAGGAGGAGAUAGUGGUAGGUAGCCACCAAGGUAUACUAAACAGAUUAAGAGUUCGAGACAUCUCAAUACAGAGCCGGACUGCCAAAGGUGUCAGGAUGAUGCGGCUGGAGGAAGGUGAUGAAGUGAAAUCCGUUUCUUUGUUGACUGGCCAAGAUGACAUGGCCGAGGAAACUACUACUACUACUACUACUACCAAAGAGCCUCUGCCUGUAUAGUUUACAGCCUGCAUGUAGAAUGUCACAAUCUUCCCCAAAAUAUUUUUUACUUCUGUCAAGCUCGUUCUUAUUCAACUGGCAGUAGUGCCUAUUCAAUUACAAAGUUGUAAAGCUACGUCGAUAUUUGGAACAGUGUAUCUGGCUAAUUUGAGCAAUCCACUUCAUCAUCUUCGAGUUUCGAGGACAUGUUCUCCGUCGAAUGUUCACUGAUAUGCUUUCAGAUUGGACAUAUGGCCGUUGGGGAUUGGAGUAAACCAAACCCACACCAGAUGCAUAUUAGUCCAUCGGGAAGGCCAUGUGAUGCUUUUUUUUGCAUGUAAGAUAUUGGUGCCUGAAAGUGAUGGUGAGAUUAGCACCUCCUAAAAGUUCUGUAGCAGAGGAUACUGCCCAGUGAAACUUCGAGAAAUCCAGUAUUUAGAAACACUUCUUGUUCCUGAUUGCGGUC